AUGGUGUUGGCUGUGCAACAGAACACAGUGAGAGGCGCGGUGGCGUCCUGGUCAGCGCGGUGGACUCUGGAUCGAGCACUCCAGUACGGAAGACUACACUACAUAGAUAAUUCUGGUGCAUGGGCAACAGGAGUAGAUGAUCUGAACCAGUGGAUUCAAAUCGAUUUUGGAAUGGAGACAACUGUCAGUUAUGUGGCAACUCAAGGAAGAUGUAAUAUCGAGCAGUGGGUGACCCAAUACAAGUUACAGUACAGCAACAAUGGAAAUUCAUUUCAGGCUUUUAAACAGCAAGGAGAGAACUCAGAUAAGGUGUUUAUUAGAAACUACGAUACCGACACCGUGGUAAAACAUCGCUUAACUCCACCAAUCAAAGCGCGAUAUGUUAGACUGACGCCUACAGCAUGGAAGGAACACAUCUCCAUGAGGAUGGAAGUCUACGGUUGUCUUGACAAAAUGCAAGCUCUUGGCAUGGAAAGCGGCGCUAUUGCAGACUCGCAAAUAACGGCAUCUUCAGAAUAUAAUGCCUACCACAGCCCCAAGCGAGCGAGAUUGUAUACUAAAGAGACUGAUGCUUAUUCGAGUGGCGCCUGGUUAAGUUUGACGAGCGAUUUGAACCAAUGGCUUCAAGUUGAUCUUGGUAAAAUCACGCCUGUGACACACGUGGCUACACAGGGAAGGAAUAAGUGGUCUCCCGCACAGAUGGUGACGAAGUAA